AUGUCUGUAGAAGCAAGAACGGAAGAUCCAAGAACAAAAUUAGGAAGCUUUAAGCAAAGAACUCUGCAUUUACAUAAUACAUUGUUCAUUUCACUAAAGAAAACAGAAAACCCACAGGCAUGAACUAUAUCAUGUUUACUUCCUUAUGUUUCUGAAAAGGUUUUCCUAGUUCUGAGCAUGAAGAUGAUUUGGAGUGACCUCAUUGAGGGAACAGUUUUCCUUUCACUUAUUGGCCUUGGAGUUUUAGGAAACAAAAUCUUGUUUGUAAGACAAUUGUAUGCAGUCAUCAUGGGUCCUGAGAACAAAAUUGUAGAUGUUAUUCUCAUCCACUUGGCUUUUGUAAACACAAUCAUUAUUUAUUGCAUAGGGGUCAGAAACAUAGCCACAAGUUUUUACAUCAGAAACUUCCUAGGUGAUGUUGGUUGUAAAAUUAUAAUUUAUCUAGAAAGGGUUGCCCGUGGCCUCUCCAUCUGCACCACCUGUCUCCUCAGCGUGGUCCAGGCUGUCACCAUCAGUCUCAGGACCACACUGUGGAGAAAGCUCAAGCCACAGACAGCAUGGCAUGUUCUUGCCUUUCUCUUCCUCUUUUGGAUCUUUAAUUCCCUGAUUAGCUCCAACUUGCUGCACUAUAUCACAGCAGGCAGUAGCAUGAACAGGUCUGUAGUUGGGAUGUUUACUGGGUAUUGCUAUAUGCUGCCAUCCAGGAACAUAGUUAAGUGGCUGUUCCUCUCUCUCAUGACUCUCCGUGAUGUCAUUUUCCAGGGUCUCAUGGGCUGCAGCAGUGGGUCUAUGGCUCUCCGUCUGUACAAACAUCAUGUACAUGUCCUCUAUCUUUACAGCUCCAGGUCUGCAAACAAUUCUAGGCCAGAAAUCAGAGCUACCCAGAGGGUUCUCACUCUCAUGACCUGUUUCCUUUUCUUUUAUUUGGCAGAUUUCAUUUUCUCCGUAUAUAUAGGUUCUACAGUGACACAUGACUCCACAAUACUAAAUAUUAAAGCAUUUUUAGUACUUAGUUAUGCUGGUCUCAGCCCCUUUGUCCUGAUCAUCAGGGAUAUUUGUGCUCGUAAGUCCUGUUGUGUCCCCUAA